AUGGAAAAUAUCAGAACCACGCGUGAGGAAGAAAUUUGUUUAGAUGGUCAAAAUGUGAAGAGCGUGAGGAAGAAGGAUCCCCAAGGAUAUCUUGCCUUUCAAAAUCUAAAUUCAUUGAGCCUUUAUGAUUGUACUUCCUUGAAAUAUGUUUUUCCGGCUUCAAUUGUGAAGGGUCUUGAGCAACUUAAGGACCUACAGAUACAUGAUUGUGGAGUGGAGUAUAUUGUUUCAAAUGAAAAUGGAGUUGAAGCAGUGCCUUUGUUUCUUUUCCCUAGACUAACCUCUCUCACACUUUUUUGUUUAGGCCAUCUCAGAAGGUUCAGCCAGGAGAAGUAUACUUUGACUUGUUCACUGUUGAAGAAAUUGGAAGUAUAUUGGUGUGAUAAAGUGAUCAUACUUUUUCAAGAAAAAAGUGUUGAAGGUGAACUUGAUAAACAACCUCUUUUUGUGGUCAAAGAGAACGCAUUUCCUAAUUUGGAGGAACUGCGGGUGGGCUCAAAGGGCCUCGUGGAGAUAUGGCGGGGCCAAUAUUCAAGUGAGUCAUUUGGCAAACUAAGAGUUUUGAGUAUAGAAAAUUGUGACGAUAUUUCAGUUGCGAUCCCCUGCAGUAAGCUGCCAGUAUUACAGAAUCUAGAGAUACUUAAGGUGUCUCGUUGUAAGUCAGUGGAAGAGGUAAUCCAAGGUGAAGAGCUUCCGGGUGAGAAAAUUCCCCGGUUAACUAAUAUAUCCUUGUGUGCAUUGCCUAUGCUUAUGCAUCUAUCUAGCUUACAGCCAAUUCUUCAAAAUCUUCAUUCUCUGGAGGUAUUUUACUGUGAAAAUUUGAGAAAUUUGGUGUCACCCUCGAUGGCUAAAAGACUAGUGAAUCUCAAAAACCUUUGGAUUGCGGUGUGCUUCAGUGUGAAGGAAAUUGUACGAGAUGAUGGGAGUGAAGCUACAGAUGAUGUCAGUUUCACUAAGUUAGAGAAGCUACGACUUCGUGAUUUAGUAAAUCUGGAAAGCUUCUCCUCUGCAAGUAGCACCUUCAAAUUCCCGUCCUUGGAAGAAGUAUACAUAAAGAGACUAGCAAGUCUCACACAUCUAUACAAGAUAAUCCCUGGCCAGAAUCUUCAAAAGCUUCGUAUUCUAGAAUUAUCGGGUUGUGAGAGCUUGGAAAUUUUGUUAACACUGUCAAUGGUUAAGACACUUGAACAGCUUACUGUGAGCGACUGUGAUAAGGUGAAAGUAAUAGUUGAAAGUGAAGGAGGUGAAACAACGGGUAAUGAGACUGUUGACACCAAAUUACGAAGGCUAAAACUUCAGAAUUUACCAAAUCUGAAAAGCUUUUGCUCAGCAAGAUACUGCAUCAUAUUCCGAUCCUUGACAUUCGUGGAUAUCAAGGAAUGCCCUCAGAUGGAAUUUUUUUUCCAGGGAGACUCAUUCACACCAAGUUUAGAGUCUGUAUGGAUGAAUAACCGGCAGGAAAUUUUGGAGAAUGACCUGAAUACUAUCAUAUAGAAGUUUAGGGAAAGGCAUUCCAAGGGAGAAGUUCAUGAUGAAGAAGAUGCUGAGGAAGGGGAUUCUGAAGAGCAGCAUCACGGGGUAGAGGAUUCUGUGGAAGAAGACACCGAGGAUGAGGAUUCUGGGGGAGGAAGUUGAUCCUUAGGGCAAAGAUCCUCGUAAGGAAAACUAAGCUCAACUUUUCAAAUGCAAAACAAGGAAAGCGUUUUCCUUCUGCUUGGUAUAUGUGAGCGAGAAGCUGUUACAAUUUUUUUUUUUCGCUUUAUAUAUCUUCAAAUGUAAAAAAACGCUUUUGUUCUUAUCAUCUUCAUUUUUUUUAGAUAUAUAUGCAGAACUUGGCCUCAUUAGAGGACAUGUAUUGAUACCAUCCCAGUCAGAGAGAUGCUGCCAAUGAAUUUUUCAUCAGUCUCUUUGGUAUGUUUUGCUUUAUGAUGUCAUAUCUGUAAGUUGCUAUUGUUCCCUGGCACUUAAGAGACCAUUCAACUGCUUGGGGUUCAAAAUAUAUAUGUAGGUUUUGUGCACGUUUGACUUAA